AUGUUCCGGUCCCUGGGGCAGAAGCGGGACUACACCGUGCCGCUCAAGGUUGAUAUCCACCUGAAGGAGCCGCUGGAUGUCGUAUGCACCAGCAAACCAGACGAAGCCGGCAAGAUGAUCCGCAAGAUGAGGAGGAGGCUCGGCGGCAUUCUUUCUCGGAAUAUCGGCGUUGAUGUCGAGCCCAAGGAACUCCGCCUGCUCCUGCAGGAGAAGAGGCUGUACACCUUUGUUGGCUUCUGCAUUAGAGGCGACAAGGAGAAGCUGAAGUUGUCUGGUUUGGAGAUCAACCUCGACAAGUACGUCAACUUGCAGCGCAAAUGGAGAGUUCCAAACAAUGGAAAGAAGUGGCAGUCUUUGGCUGAGUUUGCAGCCAGCCUCAUCCACCCAUCCUACUCAAAAAUGAAGCGGAAGAUCGAUAGGAAUUCGGACCACCUACUAUGGGGGGGCAGCCCACUGCCAAACAAGCUCAUCGAGUACGCCGCAAAAGAUGCGUACGUCACCUACGAGGCAUGGAAGAAAAUCGAAAUCACCAAAGAAGGUUUGGAGCUCUGGCAGAGCUAUUCAGGCAUGGAAGAUAUAAUCAUCCUUAUGGAUCCCCUAAAGUCCACUCCCCAACCUCUCCAUCCUCUGCUCCAGCGAGAGGUGAAGAGGGAGAAGGCUUCAUUUCCACCGUCGAAAGCCGGCGAGCCCGGUGGUUCCUCUUCCCUCCGUCGGCCGCUCCGGCGGCGGGAGGGGAGGGGAACCCCGGUGCUUCGUUCCCGGCGUGUAGAUAGGUUAGGAUUAGGAUUUGGCCGAGGCAGCGCUCUGGUGACGGCGGUGUCUCAUCGGCCUUUGUUUCUUCCGGCGCUCCGUCCACCUCGACGACAUCCUACAGGAUGUAAUCGAGGAGCCUUCGGGGUAGAUUCCUGCCGCUCUGUUUGGGCAGUGAGGUUAGGUUCUGCCUCGUCGGCGUGCGCGACGGCAGGCAUCGUCUGCUCAGAUGUGGUUGGCGAGGCGGCGGCGGCGGCCACAUCAGGAGAUUUUGAUCUCCCCAUCCCGCUCCUUCCCUGGUGUUGUCUACUCCGGCAUCGUCAGCGAAGAUGGGAGAGAUGUGUACAGGAGAUCUGGCCUACGCGCGGUGUUGGCCUGUGCGGGAAGACGGCUGGCUCAGUGCUGGGUUUGUGGUCUGCGGCGUGCGGCUUCGGUGGUCUCCUCCGUUGUGAUCGGACGGAGACGACGGAGUCGAGGACUGGCGAGCGUGGGGAGGAUCCCCGGCCGACGCACCCCAAUGUUUUGGGUCUGCCAGCGGCGGACGGCUUCUUCAGCUCACAAAGCGGCUUCGACUGCGAUGGCGUCUCUCCGGUUCAGGGUUGGAUGGCGACUCGUCCCCUUCCUC